CUGUUACCCAGCAGUCUCGGAGCAAACAAGCCGAGAUCCGGGGGGCCGGGCUUAACGGAGACGUUGCAAGAUGGCUGCUGCCUUCAAUGAAAGAAUGGGGCUGCUGUUGGGGCUCUGCAUCUCUUUGCUCCUUGGUGGCAGCUGGGCUGUGGACCGAGGAAACUUCAAAACCUGCAAUCAGAGUGCCUUCUGCAAGCGCCAGCGGGCACUGAAGCCAGGGCAGUCUCCAUAUAGAGCUUUACUGGACACUCUGGAGCUGAGCGACUCCAGACUCACUCUGCAGCUCAUUAAUGACAACAACAAGGUGCGUUUGCUGCUGGAGCUGUACAGACUGCAGGGGAAUAUCACUCGUGUUAAAAUAAAUGAGCUGAAACCGUUGAAGCCUCGUUUCGAGGUGCCAGACGUGCUGGUAGGGGAUCCACCCACUGAGCCUCUCUCAGUGCUCUCCCAAGAUGAUAAUGGUGUGGUGCUGUCACUGGGGGCAGAGAGCCAGAGGCUCAUAGUUAGCGCUCGUCCAUUCAGGCUGGACAUCAUGGAGGGUCCAGAAGUGCUUCUGUCACUCAACUCCCGUGGUCUGCUGGCUUUUGAGCACUUGCGGCUCCGCAAGGACACCCAAGCAGACCCAGAGGGUGCAGAAGUGAAAGAGAAUGGAGAUGGAGCUGAACAGCAGGACGAGGAAGAGAAGGCAGAAGAUGGUGGGAAAGAUAAAGAGGAAGACGGUUUGUGGGAGGAGACUUUUAAGACGCACACAGACAGUAAACCGAAUGGUCCCACAUCUAUUAGUUUAGACUUUUCUUUGCCUGGCGUAGAACAUGUUUAUGGUAUACCAGAACAUGCAGACAACCUCAAACUCAAAACCACAGAUGGGGGGGAACCGUACAGGCUGUAUAAUCUGGAUGUGUUCCAGUAUGAGCUCUAUAACCCCAUGGCCUUAUAUGGAGCUGUUCCAGUUAUGCUGGCCCAUAAUACGCAGAGAACCAUGGGCAUCUUCUGGCUCAAUGCUGCUGAGACCUGGGUGGACAUCAGCUCCAAUACUGCUGGCAAAACAGUGUUUGGGAAGAUGCUGGACUUUGUUCAGGGCUCAAGUGAAACUCCUCAGACUGAUGUCCGUUGGAUCUCUGAGAGCGGUAUCAUCGACGUCUUCAUCAUGCUUGGACCAAAACCCUCUGAUGUCUUCACACAGUAUGCCUUGCUUACAGGCACUCAGUCUUUCCCUCCUCUGGCUGGUCUGGGCUAUCACCAGUGCCGUUGGAACUACAAUGACCAGGAUGAUGUGAAAGCAGUAGAUCAGGGCUUCGAUCAGCAUGACAUCCCAUACGAUUUCAUCUGGCUGGACAUUGAGCACACAGACGGCAAACGCUACUUCACCUGGGACCCUGAAAAGUUCCCCCAGCCCAAAGAGAUGCUGCACGGCAUCAAGGACAAGAGACGCAAGAUGGUAGCCAUCGUUGACCCCCAUAUUAAGGUGGACAGUGGCUACAAGAUCCACAGUGAGAUCCGUGCCAAAAACUUUUAUGUCAAAAAUAAAGAUGGUGGAGACUACGAGGGAUGGUGCUGGCCAGGCAACUCAGGUUACCCAGACUUCACUAAUCCAGAGAUGAGAGCUUGGUGGGCCAGUAUGUUUGCAUAUGAUCAGUACGAGGGUUCAAUGGAGAACUUGUACACCUGGAAUGAUAUGAACGAGCCAUCUGUGUUCAACGGCCCGGAGGUUACUAUGUAUAAAGACGCAGUGCAUGGCAAAUGGGAACAUAGGGAUCUCCACAACCUCUACGGCCUCUAUGUGCAUAUGGCUACAGCUGAUGGCCUGAUCCAACGGUCUGGAGGAACAGAGAGGCCCUUUGUUCUCACCAGAGCCUUCUUUGCUGGAUCUCAGCGAUUUGGUGCUGUGUGGACUGGUGAUAAUGCUGCUGAGUGGGACCACCUGAAGAUUUCUAUCCCUAUGUGUCUGAGUCUGGGCUUGGUGGGGAUCUCUCUGUGUGGAGCUGAUGUUGGUGGUUUCUUUAAGACCCCAAGUACUGAAUUACUGGUGCGCUGGUACCAGACUGGUGCUUAUCAGCCGUUCUUCCGAGCGCAUGCUCACCUGGACACUCCCAGGCGGGAGCCCUGGCUGUUUGGCCCAGAAAAUACUGCUCUCAUCCGGGAUGCAAUCCGUCAGCGCUACACCCUCUUGCCUUACUGGUACCAGCAAUUCUACCAGGCACACAAGACCGGCCAGCCUGUUAUGAGGCCCCUGUGGGUUGAAUAUCCUGAGGACACAGCUACUUUCACUAUUGAUGAUGAGUUCCUCAUUGGACGAGAUCUGCUGGCCCACCCUGUCACUGAAGAAGGAGCACGAGGAGUCACGGCCUAUCUGCCUGGACAGGGGGAGGUUUGGUAUGAUGUCCACACAUUCCAGAAACACAAUGGUGCUCAGAACCUCUACAUCCCAGUCACGAUGAGCUCUAUCCCAGUGUUCCAGCGUGGCGGCUCAAUCAUUCCAAGAAAGGUCAGAGUUCGAAGGUCAUCUGACUGCAUGGAGAAUGACCCAUACACCCUGUAUGUGGCUCUCAGCCCACAGAGAGUUGCUGAGGGUGAACUCUACAUAGACGAUGGCCACACCUUUAACUUCCAAACAAAGAAAGAGUUUAUUCACCGGAGUCUAACCUUUGCCAACAAUGCUCUCACAUCCAGGAACUUGUGUCCGGAGUCCAACUUCUCUACAGAGUCUUGGAUUGAAAAGGUUCUCAUAUUGGGAGCCAGUAAGCCCAACAAGGUUACUCUUCAGAUGGAUGGCAAAGAGACUUCUGUGGAGUUUGAGUUUGAUGCCUCCAUGUCGGUGCUAACCCUUCGCAAACCAGGCAUGAAUGCUGGAGCAGACUGGACCGUGGUGCUGCAGUAACAAACUGGACCUCAGUGGAAGGGAACAGAAGGUGCAGGAUCCAAACGUACUACAUAGUAGUGACCAAAAACUGAACGUUUGUGUGGUUCACUAAGACCCAAUCAAGAAAUACUAGACAUUUAAAAACAUGAGACUACUCUCAAAAACACAAUCAUGUUACUUUACAACAAAUUUUAAAAAGCUGGAAAAAAACAGAAUGAUAAUCAAAUAAUUUAGGAGUUGGGCCAAAAGAAAGAAUGAUGUAGUGGAUACUUCAGGCUUCAGAUUUUGUAAACGGUUGUCCAUGAAUCAAAUCCUAUUUCUUUUCUAAAUGUUUUCUUGUAGGGGUUAACGUAGUCCAUUUGUUGAGGAUUUUAACAGGUGUAUGUCAUUAAAGCAAUGGAGAGCAUGUUUAAUGCACUUAAUUAUUCAGGUUUAUUUAAGUCAGGCCUCUCUGAAGUACAGGACAUUUGUGUUACGUUUAGAAAUCUUUGGGCUAAUUUCCCAGACCCAGAUUAACUCUAGGCCUAAACUAAGAAGAAUUUCCAAUGUUGAGUUACCUUUGGCACUACAGUUUAGUCCAAGACUAGGCUUAAUCCAUGUCUAGGAAAUCAACCCUUUGUGUUUUGUUCAUUGAGUUAUUGCAGCCCAGAUGAAUAAUGCUUCAUCUUUUACAAAUGGACCAAUUAUGUGAUUUACAGUAAAUGGAUGGUGAAAGUUGAGGUACUGAAGCUGGCAGCUCAUACUGAAACAAGAUCCAUAGUAUUGGAAUACUUUUAGGGAAAUAAACCACUGACAUGGUGGCAGUGACUGUUUUUUGUUUGGUUUUUUGUUUUUUUCCUUUAUGGUUUCUCUCUCUCUCUUCUAUGUAUGAUUUCUGGUUGUCCUAAGUUUACAAAUAUUACAACAAAGUUGGCUAUUUAGUGAUAUUCUUUUGCCCUGACAACCUGUGUAAUAGAUCCUGUGCAAUAUCACAACUGGGUUUGUGUCCAUUCCUGCCUAAACUGCUCAUGUGCUGAAUGCACUAGAUUUCAUGUUUGCUCCACUGAAGACCAAAUUGAUCUCCCCAUAUAUAGUGCAGUCGUGAUCUUGGGAAGGGGAAGUGUAGUUUUGUCUUAUUCUGUUUUCAAAACAAUAAAAACAAUUCUCCAAGGCCGUCCCCACCAAACUGACAUGAUGGAAUGAGUGAUUUGAUGACUGGGUCUUUAAGAUGGGAAUAAAGUAACUGUACAUCAUUGAA